AUUAGAUUUUCUGUUUUCACCAAUGGUGCUACUUUUGCUAUCCAAUUGUAAUUAAGUUAAUCAAUCAAACCCGAAGAUGAGGUUUACCUUUGUAACCAUUUUCUGCUUUUCCUUAAUUGUUUCCUCAUCAUGGUCACAAUCAGUACAGAUCCAAGCAUCGAAUGGCCGAGGAUCGGCUUCCGGUUCUAUGUCUCUCUCUGGAUCUUCAGGUCAAUUGAUUGACAAUUUACUUCACCCGCUUCGACCUUUCCUGGGCGAAGCUGGACACAGGGCUCUUCACUCUGCUAUCGAAGGCAUCCCAAGGUCGGUUCUAAGUCGAAUAUCCAAUUUAGGUCAACUUUUCGGUUCUCUAAUGACCUUCAACCCUUCUAGUAUUCCCGUGUUGUUUAACGGGUUUUUCCUGGUGCCUCGUCAAUGUUUUCCUCGAUUUUACCUUCUCUUGGAGGUGUUGGUUUAAAUGCUCUUACGUCAAUGGCCAAUUCUAACCUUGGAUCAGCGCUCACUCAGGGUGGACUUUCAUCACUUUUGAGACAAAAUUUUCCCGCUUCUUUACGGGAAAAUCUUGGUGCCUCGAAUUUACCUUCGAAUCAAGGAUUAAACGCUUUCAAUCCAGCCAAUAUUGCAAGUAACCUUUUCGGUCAAGGAAUGUCCAAUUUUGCUGGAGUCGCUUCCAGUUUAGCUAAUGGUCAACCUUUGUCCGCUUUAUUGACUAUGGCUGGAGGAGCUGCUGAUUCUGUUGGUCGAUUAGGUAAUUUAGCUUCAAAUGGACUUAAUGUGGCUUCACAAACAGCCAGUGGAAUGACCAAUAGAUUACCAGGCUCACUUGGACAAUUGUCGAAUACUUUUUCAUCAAUGAUUCCCAGUGUACCGAUGUCAACAUCCACCGGUGGUAGUGUGAGUAUUGGCGACGGAUCUUUGGGCAGAUCAGCUUCCUCCCCGUCAGACUUAUCUUCAUCUAAUCUUUCACGUCAACCCCUUGGUUCAAAUUACGAUUCAUCUGCUGGUUAUCCUUCACCACCAAGCAGUUCGAGUCAAUCGUCUCGUUCUUCAUCACCCACUCCCAGUCCUACUUCCUCUUUAUCUACUCCCUCAGAUGCUUCUACAAGCUCUCUUGACCCUUCGCUUGCCCAAGCAUUGAGAGGAUUUGGAUUUGACCUCAAUAGUUUAUACUUGGGCGAUGGAGCUGGUGGCCAAUCACCCCGAUCUCCAUCACCAUCCACCACAACUUCACUUUCUUAUCCAUCAGUAAGUUCACCCUCAACUAUGGGUGGUACUUCCAGUUGGACAUCUCAAUCUUCCCAAUCACCUUCAGCUAAUCUUGGACCAUCAUCGGCUCCAACUUCAUCUUCCUCUUCAUCUUUCUCAACUUCUUCAAGUUCAUCAUCAGGAUCUCUUGACCCUUCACUUGCUCAAGCUUUGAGAGGCUUUGGGAUUGAUCUAAGCAAUUUCAACAUCGGCGGCGGAGCUUCUGGUCAAUCAUCCCCCUCCUCUCCAUCAGCUAAUAUUCCCUCUAUUCCUAAUGCUGGUCAAUCAACUAUGAGUGGUACUUCCAGUGGGUCAUCUCAACCUUCCCGAUUACCAUCAGCUAAUCUUGGCCCAUCAUCAGCUUCAACUUCUCGCCCUGGAUCAUCUACUCCAUCGGCUUCUUCUUCAAGCUCAUCAUCAGCUUCUAUUGACCCUUCACUUGCUCAAACUUUGAGAGGCUUUGGAAUUGAUCUAAGCAAUUUCAACUUCGGCGGCGGAGCUUCUGGUCAAUCAUCACCCUCCUCUUCAGGUGUCUCAGCAUCAAUUGGAUCUUCUGGUCGACCUCAAGCCUCAGCUUCAUUCAAUGGAUUCAUAGGCCAGCCAUCCGGUCAAGCUUCAGCUUCAACAGGGUCUUCAGGAAUGACCGGUGGACUUAGUUUAUCGUUAUCAGGUAGUGGGUCAAACUCUGGACCAAAUUCAGGCCAAGGGUCAGGAAACGGACGGGAAGGCGGCAGAGGAGGUGGACGGCGUAGAGGGUCAAUGUUUUCAUCACCUUUGACCAACCUUUUAACCAAUAAUCCAUUAACCUCUUUCUUAAGUGGAUGAACAAUUAAAAAUAUUUGAAUAAAAAGCAAAUUAUUUAUACGA